GGAGCGUGACGGCCGGCCGGGGGGACCCGGCGACGUGCUGGCUUCUGAGCGCACUCACCUGCGCUCAGGUCUUUAGCCGCCCCUGGUCCGCACCAGCGAAGCGCAUGUUUGCUCGGAGGUGCUGCACCCAGGGCUGCUGGUGGAUCACAGAUUUUUUCUGUUUUUCCCUGCUGCUGGACUUUGGAAUGCGGGGUAGUCAGUCUCACCAGUGUCACGCCGAAGCAGGAGGCCAGCUUGGAGUUUAAGGGAAGCGACCUUUCUGUGACUAUCUGAGUAUUGCACUCUCAGUCUCGCCAUGUGGAAGUUAGAAUGGCCUGUAUUCACUACCUUCGAGAGAACAGGGAGAAAUUUGAAGCGUUUAUAGAAGGGCCAUUUGAAGACUAUUUGAAACGUCUGGAAAAUCCACAGGAAUGGGUAGGACAAGUGGAAAUAAGUGCCCUUUCUCUUAUGUACAGGAAAGAUUUUGUAAUAUAUCAGGAGCCAAAUGUUUCUCCUUCACAAGUAACUGAAAAUAAUUUUCCUGAAAAGGUGUUACUGUGUUUUUCGAAUGGAAACCAUUAUGAUAUUGUCUAUCCUAUAACGUAUAAAGAUAGUUCUGCUGUGUGCCAGUCUCUCCUUUAUGAAUUGCUGUAUGAGAAGGUAUUUAAAACUGAUGUUAGUAAAAUCAUGAUGGGACUAGAGACGUCUGAAAUGGCUGAUGACAGCAACAGUGAAAUAUCAGAUUCUGAGGAUGACAGCUGCAGGAGUAAGAGUACUGCUGCUACUGAUGUAAAUGGAUUUAAGCCUUCGGGCAGUGAGAACUCAGAGAAUGGUGGGAACGUGGCUGACCUUCCUUUGUCCAGAAAGGUUCUUAAGUCGCUUAAUCCAGCAGUUUAUAGAAAUGUGGAGUAUGAAAUUUGGUUGAAGUCCAAGCAAGCUCAACAAAAGCGUGAUUAUUCCAUUGCUGCUGGAUUACAAUAUGAAGUUGGAGAUAAAUGCCAUGUUAGAUUGGAUCAUAAUGGAAAAUUUUCUAAUGCAGACAUUCAUGGGGUUCACUCUGAGAAUGGACCAGUUUUAUCUGAAGAACUGGGGAAAAAACAUACACCGAGGAACCUCAAGCCACCUACCCCAGAAAGCUGGAAUACAGUGUCAGGAAAGAAGAUGAAAAAACCCAAUUCUGGGCAAAAUUCCCAUUCAGAUGCGGAUUACAGAGGGCCAAAGAGUCUAAGCAAGCCAAUAAAAGCCCCAUCAGCACUACCUCCUCGCCUACAGCACUCUUCUUCAGGUGUAAGACAGCAUGGGUUCUCUAGUCAUUCUUCAGGGUCCCAGUCUCAGAAAUCCUCCAGUGAGCAUAAGAAUCCAAGUAGGACACCCUCACAGAUCAUAAGAAAACCCGAUCGUGAAAGAGCUGAAGAUUCUGAUCACACGAGUCGCGAGCCUUGCUAUUUUGGCCUUUCCCCGGAAGAACGCAGAGAGAAGCAAGCUAUUGAAGAGUCUCGUUUACUGUAUGAGAUUCAGAACCGGGACGAACAGGCUUUCCCUGCCCUUUCGAGCCCAUCGUCAGUCAGUCAGUCACCUCAGAAUAGCAACUCGUGUGUGCAGAGGAAGUCUUCCCAUGCAAGGGAUAGGAAGGGGAGCGUGCGGAGAACAGAUGCAGAAGAACGGAAGGACAAAGAUUCCCUACGUGGUCAUACUCAUGUUGACAAAAAACCGGAGCCAAGCAUACUGGAGAUCAGCGAUGAUAAAUGUACAAGAGUUUCAUCACCAUCUAAGUCAAAGAAAGCAGAGUGCCCAUCUCCUGUAGAACAAAAGCCAGCAGAACAUAUAUCUUUGUCAAACCCAGCUCCCCUUCUAGUUUCCCCAGAAGCACAUCUCACUCCUGCCGUGCCUUCUUUACCAGCCACUGUGCCAGCCUGGCCAAGUGAACCUACAACUUUCGGACCAACAGGUGUCCCUGCUCAGAUUCCCAUUUUGUCAGUGACGCAGACCACUGGACCUGAUGCUGCUGUUUCACAAGCGCAUUUAACACCCUCUCCAGUUCCUGUGUCGAUUCAGGCAGUUAACCAGCCCUUGAUGCCUUUGCCUCAGACAAUGAGCCUUUAUCAAGACCCACUCUAUCCUGGGUUUCCUUGUAGCGAGAAGGGAGAUCGAGCCAUUGCACCCCCUUAUUCACUGUGUCAGACUGGCGAGGACCUGCCUAAAGAUAAGAACAUUCUUCGAUUCUUCUUCAAUCUUGGUGUAAAGGCAUAUAGUUGUCCUAUGUGGGCCCCACAUUCUUACCUGUAUCCUCUGCACCAGGCCUACAUGGCAGCCUGUAGGAUGUUCCCAAAAGUCCCUGUUCCUGUGUAUCCUCAGAAUACUUGGUUCCAGGAAGCCCCUCCUGCUCAGAGUGAAAGUGACUGUCCUUGUACUGAUGCCCACUACUCUCUGCACCCUGAGGCCAGUGUUAAUGGACAGAUGCCACAGGCAGAGAUGGGACCUCCUGCAUUCUCCUCACCUCUGGUCAUCCCCCCAUCUCAGGUGUCUGAAGGUCAUGGACAGUUGUCUUAUCAACCUGAACUUGAGUCUGAGAAUCCCGGGCAGCUUCUUCAUGCUGAAUAUGAAGAGUCAUUAGGUGGCAAGAACAUGUACCCACAACCAUCCUUUGGACCGAACCCAUUCUUAGGUCCAGUUCCCAUUGCGCCUCCUUUCUUUCCUCAUGUUUGGUAUGGGUAUCCUUUUCAGGGAUUCGUGGAAAAUCCUGUAAUGAGGCAAAAUAUUGUCUUGCCCUCUGAUGAUAAAGGGGAACUGGAUUUGCCCCUGGAGAAUCUAGAUCUGUCUAAGGAAUGCAACUCUGUCUCAGCAGUGGGCGAGUUUCCGGAAGCCAGAGUUGAAGGUGCACAUUCUCUCUCUGAGGCAAGUGUUAGCAGCACGCAUGAAGGCCGAGUGGAGCAGUCGUCCCAGACACGAAAGACAGACGUAGCUUUGGCUUCAGCCUCUCCUGGAAUAGAGGGGAAAGCUCAUCCUCCCACUCAGAUUCUAAACAGAGAGAGAGAAGCCAUGUCUGCUGAACUUGAGCCUAAGAGAACCAUCCAGAGUCUGAAAGAAAAACCAGAGAAAAUGAAAGAUCCCAAGACUGCUGCUGAUGUGCUCGGCUCUGGCGUCAACUCUGUGGAUAGAUUGCAGAGACCAAAAGAAGAGAGUUCAGAAGAUGAGAAUGAAGUGUCUAAUAUACUGAAAAGUGGCAGACCCAAGCAGUUUUAUAAUCAAACGUAUGGAAGCAGGAAAUACAAAAGUGAUUGGGGCUCUUCCGGUAGAGGUGGCUAUCAACAUGUGAGAGGCGAGGAGUCCUGGAAAGGGCAGCCUAGCAGAAGCCGGGAUGAAGGUUUUCAGUACCAUCGAAAUGUUAGAGGACGCCCGUAUAGGGGAGAUAGGAGGAGAUCAGGGAUGGGAGACGGUCAUAGGGGACAACACACUUAAUGGUUAAUUGUUGCUCAUUUUGUAGAGCUGCUGAAGCCUUUUCUUAGGUGUAUUUCUGAAGGCUUUACCAACAUUAAAAUAAAAACCCAAAUUGGAACUAUCUUCUCCCCUCCCCCUUUACCCUUAAUUCAUAUUCUGGAUGAGACUUUCUGGACACGAUUUCAAGGGGCAGAUGAAUUUUUGGCAUUGUGGUUUUUCUUACUCUGAAUUUGUUUAUUGGGUUACUGCCCCCAUAAAGUAAACAUGACUUCAAGUAUUUUUUUAUAAACAGCUCAAUAUAAAACAUAGACUUAGUGUUUGAUUUCUUUUCUCUUGUGUAAGUUUGAUUUAGAACAUUGGAAGUGUGUGCUUUUCAGUGUUUACUAAAGUGACGGGAAAGUAAAGCAUUCAACAUACUAUAGAUUCCAAAACAUAACAUGGCACCAAAUAGAAAUGUAUAUUUUAUUAUGCAAUGCCUUAGUCAGAAACUGGGCUCAAACAGUUCUCAGCCUAAAACACUGUUGUCUUUUAAUAUGCUUCCAACCCAAAGGCCUUUCAUCUCAGUAUCUGUCAAACUUGAAUAAUGUUUUCUCUCUACUAUUACACACGAGGCAGCCUAUUAUUAACCUGUGUCUCAGAAUUGUUGUAUAUAGUUCUUUUAAUAUCCAUAGGGUAUAUUUUUGAAUUUUGGUGAGUGCUGAACUUGAGAUUGUGGGAAGUCCGGUGAGACGGCUGUUUCCAUCAAGAACUCUUAGCACUGCUGUAAAUAUAAUGGUGCCUACUGGAAAGGAAUGUAGAUGCUAUGCAUUUUGGGAAUAAUCUGCAUCUGUUAAAACUGCAGAGGUUUUUUAAUGCCACUUUAACACUAAUGCACUGACAGAGUCUAAAUAUUUUGUGAGCAAUGUUAAAGUUUUUAACUUGAUAGUCUCCUCUUCAAGCGUGGUUUUUCUCCCUGCACCAUUGGUCACGUUUAUCACUCUACAGUUGCAUGUUCAACUUAGCUGGAAUUACCGUGUAAAAAGAACGUGAUUGUGACUUGUAGUUCUUCUAGAGGAUGCUGCUAGAGGGUGGUUUUGCUUUGCGCUUUGUCGUUUACCCAUCAGUGUGUGUCUGGUCUGCUGCUUCCUGUCUGCAGCAUUCACUAGACGCUCCCUUUGCAUGUGGCACUCUGUUCUCAUUUAGAGAUUGGACUCAGACAGUUAACACAGGAUUCAUUUAUCUGUGUUACUAUGUAAAACUAACUGUACGUUGUAUUCUUUAUUUGUAUAUAUCAAUGUGAAAAUCUACCUUUUGUUUUUUUCUAAUGUUGCAAUUACCUUGUGAUCAGGCAGCUUGAGUGCUAUGCAGUUAGUUAGUAGUCUGGGGGUGAUUGUCUUUGCUUGUUGUGUGUUAAAUACCUAACCAGAAAUAGAUGUGGCUUUUGUUUUAGGGGGCAGAUUACUUCAGAGCAAAUACAAUUAACUUGAAUAUAACAAACAGAAGCAGACAGUUUUCUGGGUCCUCUGAUAACUGUGGGGAUGCUUGCCUGUCGGCUAGGCUCAGUGACGCUCUGCUGUACUGUAAUGAUGGGAUUUACCUCUGUGCUGUUUUAAUUACCCUCAUGUCUGGGUAACUGCUGAUUUGAGUAGUGAUUAGCGUUUAGGAAGUUUGUAACAUAGGACUUUUAGAAAGCACUUUGAAAGAUAACAUUUUAUUAAUGAUGGUGCUAGGUAAAAUUUAUGGCCUGGGAUGUGUAGAAAAAUUGGGAACCUGUUGAAAGGAGUUUGUGGUCUGCUUCUAAGCUAGAAUGGUUGUAAAGGUUCUGUUUUGCCAGUGCUUCAAUAUCAGUGACUGAAUUAUGGAGUAAGAACUCUAGAGGACCUUCGCUUAGUCCGUGCUUUUUAUGUAGAAUUGGCUUUAUCUCGUAGUUUCAGUAUGAAAAUCACCUUUUGAUAUAAUGAACUAGAUUUAGAAGGUUGGUGUGUUUGGUCUCAGGAUUCCAAAAGAAGUACCUGUUUCCAAUGUCUUUCGUGUUUCUCUGACUGGGGAAGCGUCUUAAAUUUGGACAGGAAAGAGUAACGCUUGUUUUCUAUACAGCCGCUCCGUCUCACCUCAGUAGUGAAGAACAGCCCUUUGUAGCUCCUGAGGGAAACUGUCGGACGAGCUUCCGUUUCCUUACCUGACUUCUGGGACAUGAUUGGUCAGCGAUGAAAGAAUUCUAGCCUGUGGUACUCUUUGUGACCUCUGGAAUACAACUUGGACUUUAGUAGUUUUAAAAUGGUUAAUCUUUGUGUGAAGGUCAGUUUACUUUAGGUAUGCUUUUACGUGUAUUCAUCCAGGGGAUUCUGCCUUAUGCUAGAUCAGACUUCGUGAGCUGUCAGGUGCAUUUUGACCUCUUUCGACACAAGGAAAGAGAAGGAUGGCAGCUGAAAGCUGUUGGUAUUGUCAUUGGGGAACGAUGGAGCCUCAUGGUGGAAUACACUCUGAACAAAUGCUUAUGCUGACCAAGCUCGUCUGUUUCAGUUAGGGCUUUAGUUGGAUAGACCCCAGCGUCUCCUUUCUGUAUUGUCUCUUCACGGUUUUCCUCUAAGGCACACCUUCCAUUCUUGCCCCAUGCGCUCCGUGGCAGCCUUCAUGUUUCCUCCACGUCUAUUUCUUGGCAGGGCCAAGUUCAUACCUGCCACAAGCUGACAGAAGCAGGUUUUCCACAUCCACAGUGCUGAGACAGCUUAUGUGCUGCAAACCAUUCUUUGUAGUGUUUCCUUUGGCCCAAGGGUGAACUAAAAGCCUGUGAGCUGCAAACUGGCUUGUGAUUGACUGGUGCAAUACAGUUCCUUUCUAAACUGUUCUGGUUUAGAAAACACUCAGCCAUCCUGGAAACUAGCAAUAUUUAUUUUGCCUCGUUUAUUUUAUCUUCAGUUUUAGAUAGGUGAAGUUUUCCUUUCACUUAGGGUACUUAGCAAGAUUCAUCCUAGUGUAGCUAGAGGAAGUUGUAUUUCUGUUUACUGUGUUUUGCUCCCGAUUUUGUCUAAUUGCUUUUUUAAAAAAUCUUCAUAAUGGCUCACUUGAGUGUGUUAAUUUGAAAGAGCUAAGAUUUUACCACUUAGCCAUUUACUCUCCCACUAAUUGGAACUUUUUUUUUAAGUUUCCCCUUUCCCUAAAGUUACAAGUUUUAGAAAAUCCUGUAAGAGGGGUGGGUGCAUGUCUUAAUGCUGAGAAGCAGCAGCUUUGGGGUUGAAUUUACUUGAAUGGUUUAAAAAUUGCAUUGUUACAAAGCUAGAAAAAAAUUUAUGUAUGAAAAAAUGAUCCUAGCCUUACACUGAGUACAAUAAUACUUAAUAAGCAUGUGAAGAUGUGAUCAUUUGUGAUGUUACCUGUAAAAACAUAUAUACAUAUCUAUACAUAUCUUUUGAAGUGUUGAAAGGAAUAGUACUUUAUAUUCUUUAUCAUACCACUUUUGUAAGUGUUGAAUAUAUUGCUGUUUAUUUUUCUAUGUUCUGUUUCGUAGCCUUAAGAAGUGUUUCAAACGAUCUGAAUGUAUAAAACAAGUCAAUGCCCUACAUGGUGUGAUGCUGCAUUAUAUAUACAACCGUGUGCAUAUAUUAAAUUCUGUCUGUCGAUUCUGCUUGGGAUUCUUUGGUCUUUGGGUAACCCAAUAUAUCAUGUGUAAAUCUGAGGAUAAAUCUUAGUAAACUCUUGAAAAUGA